AAACUGAUUGGAAAGCAAACUUACAAGUAAAUUGAUUAGCAAGUAAGUCUUUUAAUGUAGUCAUUUUCAAGUAGACAAAUUAUUUUAGAGGGCAUAUGGCAUCGUGCAUGAGUUUUGUUUACGAACGUGUGCGUAGCUAUUGUUGCGAUGACGAGUAAAUAAGCCUUCAUGAUGACUUCAUUACAGGUUUAGAUAUAUACAUAAACAGAUCACCCAGCGGUAUCAUAACUCAUUUCGCUACGGCGUUCUCUUCUCUGCGUACUCGAGGAGAAGAGACACCACUUCUACUAGAACAAGUUACGCAACAUGAUUUUUUAAGGAUACGUUUUACAACUGGCACUGAAACACUCCGUAUGAUUUGCCUCGUUUGCCUUCACUGCUACAGCUUCUAAAUUUGCUUCAAGUCAUGAUUAACAGAUAAUUAGGUAAACCAGCUCCAGAUGAUUUCAAAUGGCUGAAAGAAACCUUAAGAGAAGUGCUCGUUUUAGUCAUGCCAGAAAUUUAAAACUAAACAUUUAUUCUCUUGUAAGAGGCUGUAAGAAGGCAAUCUACACCCGUUUCGGUUUAGUUUCUGAAAGAAUGUCAAUCCACCAAAUUUGAGUAUACUAAUCACCUCCUUUAGACAAACAAACAAAACAUCGCGGUCUGUUGUUGUUUUGGUUUAAAACGGAAAUCAAGGUUUAAUUGCAAUUGUGAUUUUGAGGACAAGUGAUGCAGCUAAAGGACUUUAAAUGUUAGAACAACUCGUCGGAGAGCUUAACAAGUUGACAUCGGGACCCAACAUCGGAAGUUAUUGACUCGUAGGAUUCAUGUCCCGGAUGUUUUAGCGUCAGGUCUUAUCUGUGGUUUGCAAGGUAACACAAUUGAUGACUGCUUUUCGCUCAAGGGCAUUUUAAGAAUUUUUCAGGAAAUCUACAGAUUAUGAUAAAAUAUUUUAUUUACAAUUAUAUUUAUGAAGUGUUUGUGUUAAGCGACAAGCAUUAGUUGAGAAACGUUUUCGUUUCAAUCGUUUUCAUAUUGAAUAAAUUAUGAUACAAAUUUAUCGUGAAUAACUCAGGUUUUCACUAUUUUGAACACUCUUACUCAGUACGUGGUUAAUAAAUUCUCGAAUAAAGUUCACUUUUUAGUAUGUAAAUAUCGUCAGAUCCUAGCAGGCUUCGAAUAUUUACGAGUAUUAGAACUGGCAACUCAGGGUGUCACUUAAAGUCCAAAAGUUUUUCUUUAGCCCUUUACAUUAAAUCUCAUUCAAAAUAGUUAACAAUCUAAUCUUCAACUUAGCUUGGCAGCCUGUUGGCUAGGUUCUAUGGUACCUCUUGUUUCAGGAAACUAACUGACCUUACUUCCGAAUUCCAACUGUCAAAGGCUCAAAAAUACUUGACUGGUUGAUAAUGCUGAAGUGAAGGUGCAAUUCUUCCAAAAUAAUAACGAGUGGGGUUUUUGUUUUUGGAAUUUGGAAUACACUGCUGUUGUGUACUUUAGACAUUUUUCGAGCAUUACUUAGAUAAAACCGCGAUGUCUUUAGCUUUGGCCUCGGGGAAAUUCUGAGGUUAUCUCAUUCAACUCAAGCUUCAAAUUAAUCAGAUCUGAAGGAUAUCUCAUGGUGAUAACAGAGUCCCAGCCAAUUGUGGAAUUUUGUCUUAACUAUCUAGUCAUUACACGACUCUUGGUUGUGUAAUUAGCAACAUGUUUGUUCGGCAUGAUAUAUUUCACAGAGACCAUUUGUAUCUGCCCUCUGAAGCAACCAAUGACCUGUAUUCUGAUGUGCUUAUAAUCACGUUUUGAUAUUGAGUUUGCAUUUAGUCAAAAGUCGUAGUAGAUAUUUAACUCAAAUCCUACUGGUAACAACUUCUGCUUUAUGGUAUUCCGAAAAUUUUCGAAUGAGGAUAUGAAAACAUGUCAUCAGUUUUCUCUAGUGUAGACAUCAGUCAAGCAAGAGCUGAAAUCUUUCAAAAUGGCAUUCUUAGACAAGACAAAACAACAUAAACGGAAAAUUAAUAAAUCAUGAUAAACAAAAGUGUUGAAACUGUCAUAAAGUUUUCUUUAUGUUCCUAGAAUCUCAGUUGGGAUGAAAAUCGAUUGCAAAAUAUUUCAUUCGUCAAGUCCUCCCUUGGGUAGGUCUCGCAGUAAGAUGUACCCGACUUCAUAUGACAAACAUUUGAAAAGAAUGCGUUUCCUGUAGGCCAAAUCAAAGGAAAGUUAGAUAUUUUUUAUUGAGAUUCUGUCUGGAGUGAUUUCAGUAUUGUUACAGCUUUUUUCUAAUAACAACGAAAAGUAUGUCUUCAUGCAAGUAUAUGAGAUGGUCGAACGAUCCGUUUGUAAUCAAAUCAGAAAUAACAAAAUAACAAAGAAAAUGCAAACAUUUCUUAAUACUUUAUAAAAGAUCAAGUUGUGCAGUAUUAAGUGCCAGUUCUACCUGCAUUUUUCAAGAAGAGAGAGUAAUAAUUUUGAUAUUUCCCUCAUAAUAGCACAGUAUUAUUAUAAAUAUUUAACUUAUUGUCGGCCAGUUGAAACGAAAGUGUGUUCAACAGCCUGAUAUAAAAACUCAAAACGCGACAUAUUUUUGAAUUUUUUUUAUCACUAAAUUACUUGAGAAUUUUCUAAAUUGGAGAUUGUUGUCUUCAUCUGCUCUAAUGAAAUGAGUUUGAUUACUCUGGCUUCAUAGUUUAGCCAUAUAAAAUUUCAUGUAAAUUCCUUAUCUAGUAUUACAUAUUGCACGAAGUUGUUCGACCCCAACUAAAUUGGCAGCGUCAUUUCCCAGAAAUCUAAAAGCGAAAUACCACGAAACUUUUCAUUGAAAUCGCUGAAAACAUGCGUGAGCACAAAUAGCAUUUUUCACAGCAACCUCAGGCAAGCUUUUUAAACGGUAAGAUCACAGAGUUGAGCUGUUUGUGUUCCUCUAUUGUUUAAAGUCAUUUAACUGCAGGCACGUAAGCAUUUGGAGUUGACAAUUUUUGACAAUUUGAAACAAUAACAUUUAGAAUCAAAUCUGCAGGUGAUUUUAUCAUAAUGAAUCACGGAACACUUUAAGCUCAGCAUGAAAACUGAACUGUAAUAAACCCAACUACAUUGAAAAGACCGACCCAAAGAAAAAGAGGAUUUCUCUCAUUAUUUCGCAGAAGUUUUGACAAAACAUCGAAAAAGCUUUUAUUUUCAGUCGAAGACUCUUUGGUUGCCAUUCACGGCUAACUUAUGAAAUAUUGCAGGCCAGGUUGUACAAGUCAAAACAACGAUAUAACUACAGGAAUUCCGAUUUUGACGGGUGAAAAUAUCGUUUUUAAAGGCGUUCUUAAAAACUUACUUAAAAGUGUAUUCAUCAUUAGCUGAGAGCAAUGCUGAAAAUCGCGAGAGCGGAAAAUGUUUUAGUCCCCUUUAAUUAAACUAGAAUUUAUCCUUUCAAAUUUGUGUUCCAGAAAUAAUCUUUCACACAGGUAUUUCCUGUGAUUUUGCAACUUUAGUAGCAAUUUUCUUUUUAUGUUUUUCUUUUAUUGGGUGGAAAGUCACGUGCUUGUUUUCCACAUUCGCAAUUUUUAAGAUCACUUUGGAAAAUUAAUUUCCUUUCUUGUGUUCCUCAGUUGCAUUGACAUUGGGUUUACACCUUGAGCUUUCAAUUGUUGAAACCACUCUCACUCAAUUUUGGGAAUCCAAUUCAAUACGUGUAAUAGGCUUUGAGAAUUACACCUGUCUCUCUAUGCAUUGCGCAAGACUGACUGCUACUUAAAUUUUAAUAAGAAUACAUCUUUUAAUUUGUAUAGUUCUAGCGUGAGAUUUCCCAUUGAAUUAAGAGGAGUCAUUAAAUAUAUCACUGAUAGAAAUCGUCACACAUAAGUGUUUUUUCUUCUCCCCUAGUCUUUCAGCUGUGCAAGUUUUACAAAAAUGUUAGGUUAACCCCAAUGCACACUCCAGCGUCUUCAUGAACUUAGUUGUUACAAACUAGGUUCUCUGAGUGGUAAAUUAGGAAUGUUUACAAAAAUAAUGAAAGCCACAGGCAGAAGUAUACCACACUAGAUAGAUAUGAAUUCUUAAAUGUUCGGAUUAUGCAAGAUUCUUGACAUAAUUGCUUGGAAGUCAUUUAAGAAAAUUUACAGUUAUAAGUAUUUCAGGGCGUUUGGUUUGUGUGGGUGUCGCAGAAAGAGUCUCUAUAAAGCCAGCAACUUUACAAUGGACCACUGCGAAUUGUUAAUGUUAAAUGUAUUGCUUGAUUAUGCCCACACGAGCUGGAAUCAAUCCAAAUUUGUAAUAUGACUACUGCGAGGAACAUUCGUACUGCGCGGCAUGAUAAGUUAUCACGGGAUGUAUCGUCAUAACAUAGUGUAUGGACCUGGAGGGUUGUAGAAAACUGCAAAGAAUCUAUUCCUACAAAGAAGGAGCUGAAGAUUUGUUUAGACAUUUUAGCCCACAAAGAAACGACCGCCGCGCUGAGGACUGAAACAAUGCAUGUCAAGAUCCUACGGAAAGCCUGAUUAGCAACCUUUGCGGAAUCUGCUGUUCAAAAGGUUUAAAGAAACUGCAGCUUGCUAAUAUUAAAAGUAAGUUUUUUGCCUCACAUAAACUAACUGUCGUUUAAUAGAUAAAUGUGUCUAAAGGCAUCUUCCACCGCACAGGCUAAAUUUAGUCCGUAUUUAGUUCGUAUUAUUCACUAAACGUUAUAAUUGCAGAGAUUGGAGUCACCUGCUGUAUAUUGGCUUUAUGGAAAUAGGAAGUCAACCGUAACUGAUUUAUGUGAAUUCCAACGGGUUAGAAAAACCUUUGAACACAACAAACAUGUCGUAUCAUCCUCAAAAAAAAUAAGAAAUUUAAAUUUCUUGCCUUAACAUAUUUCAAAACACACGAAAAUGAAAUUUUUCCAUGCUGAAAAAUCUUUCAGUUUUCGAUUAAAGUUUGCAGACAGAGAGUAAAAUAAGUGAAAAAUAGGUUAGUAUAUUUUAAAUAUUAGCAGACGGUAAAAUCAUUGCCGACGUUUUCAAGACGUUCAGUGAUGUUCGCCAAGAAUAGCACUGAGCACCUGUAUAACAACAGUUUGUUUGAAAGAUCGAAGAUGCUGACUUUAAUUGUAACAAUUAUCUUUGAGGGAAAAUAUCAUUCCUUGUUAUUACAAGAGGAUAACAUAAUCGAAUAUAAUCUCUAUUUGAUCGAUUUUGUCGAACUUUUAGGAACUUUCAUGAAAAUUACUGAAUAAAUAAAUUGUAAGAUCCGUUUCUUAAACGCUUAAAGCAGCCUUGGCGGGUUUUUGUCAGCUAAAGCAAUAUUUUUCAAUUUGGACAUUUUUAUAUUAAAAAUUGAAGGUGAUUAAGAUGUCGAAAGCGAAAUGUAAGCCCGGCACAUAGUUACUGCUGAAGUACGAAUACUCAACAAAACAACAGAAUGGUUGGAAUAAGCUUCAGUGCUGAAUUAUUCAUUCAAUACAGAAACAAAGUGAAGAAAUCAUUCACUAAUCCUGUGGAUGGAAGGCUAAGAUCCCAUCCUGAAAUUUAGAUACUUUUCCCAGUUUCUUGCCGGUGUUCGAAGAUCUGAGGCUUGUAGCUACCUGUAUUCCCCAGCGGGAGCUGCACAUGGAUGGCAGCCAAUGUUGUUCGGCUUGUGGCACCUCGCAGAGUGGCUAUAAAUACGUGAUUAGUCAAGAGAGCGACGGUACACUAGAAAAGUGUCGAAUGACCACAAUACUGUAGCAUAUUAACACUCAUUAUGGGUCAUCCUAUUGUGGUUAGCUCUGUGCAUGUAAGGAUGUCUAGAUUUUCUGUUACUAAGACACGAUGACAAGAACCUGAGCAAGGGCUGAAACAUAGGUAAGCUUCAUCUUAGACAUUUUAAAUUGCUUACUUUGCUGUUGAAACCGUCCAUAAGAACUUAAAAAAAAUCUCAUUUAAAUGUCUCACAGCUAUGCGACUUAUGGCUUUUUUAGUGUUACUCUCUGUUCACUUAGAACACCUUAUUUGAUGGGGAAAACAGAUGGAAGGUCUUCCUUUCAUCUACAUUACAUCUUCCCUUACAUCAGGGGCUAACUCAAAUCAGAGCACAAUUCCGAUACGCUAUCAAGCAUCUCACACCGACAACCAAAGCUUUCGCAAAACGAAGAAAAUGUAAAGGGAACAAAACAACAAAACGAAACCCUCUGUAAUUUACCAGCAGAUAUUCCAAGAUUUCGUUUCAAGUCAGUGAAAUUCGUGUUCUUAGGAAUUAGUCUUGAUUUUUUGGGGAAACUCUGGUUGACCACCGUGGCUUAAGUCUUACUGGGCAGGAACGUGUGUUGUCUAGUUAGAUUGUUCUAUGGGUUUUUGGUAGAAUUAUUUUAAAAACGGAUAAAAAGUGUAUAUUUUCCUCAAGUGUAAUAUUUGAUGAGUUAGAACUGAGUGACUAAAGAAAUUAUAGUUUCCGGUGCAUGUUUAAAUCAGAAGACACAUUUUUUUGGGUGAAAAAUUGCUACAAAGAUUUCAUAAUUUUUUUUCCGCUUGUAUAUCUUUCGAACGUAAGUCUAUCAGUUCAGUUAUAAAAAUUAGAAGGAAGGAUGUAUAGAUAAUUGAAAUGAGCUCGCGGCAAAUCACCCACUAGAAAACUCAACUGACCGCACAAGAUCUGUUAACCCAACAAUACCAUACCACAACAGGUAUUUUCCAUCGAACCGAAAACAAAACUCAGAACUCAAGUAAUAUUAAAUCGAACCCAAAAUGGCGCUGUGGAUUAACAACACGAACAAAGAAAUGUUUGUCCAAUUUUACUUUUCUUAAUAACUUGAAUCUACUGAUUAUCGUCAAAACAAAUUUUAAUGCUAAAAAUUGGUUAAAAAAACUAAACGUUAUAGAAAUUAACGAACAUGGCCAGCAUUAUUCUCAUGUCAUAACACUAUUACAGUGAUAAAACUAAGCCAACAGACUUUCAAAUUUCGUUUCGGAACUGUUGCAUUUUGUUGUGUUUUGGGCCGGUAGAAGUUUUUACAUAGUCUCUGAACUUCAUACUUUAUAUUCGUGACAAAUAUUGCCGUAGAUUUUACUCACCAACUUUGGCGAAACAAGUUUAAGAUAAUGUCUAAGUAGCGGUCGACAUGAGUUAUAUAAAUAAGUGAUUAUUUCCCACGAACUGUCUAACCACCCUGUAACACUUUCAUACAUUUUCAAUGCUCACCCGCACAUCCAAGUACGUUCGAGCUCUUCCAAUGUUCACUUUUGUUAUUACUAAGAUUAUUUAUUUACGAUAUUUUCUCCGCCUUGGAAACUAACCUUACCGUAUCAAAAACACUCAUACACUAUUUCAAUUGAGAACAUAAAAGCCCUCCUUAGCGGAUUGAUUGAUUAAUUUAAAAGAGAAAUUGAUAUUUUGUAAAUUAAUGACGUUAUGUAACAUCAGUAAUCUGUUAUAGAAUAUAAAAUAGCUUCGGUUUCCUGGACGAUGAGCGAUCACCAUGCGCAUGCACUUGCCAGCCUAGUUCAUCGUUUUCCAGCAGCUCUGAUUGGUGAAUCGAUAUCGUCAAAAUCUGACAGCUGUUCAUUCAUCCUAUCAGUCACGAUUCCUAAACGCAAAAGCUCCUUCGAAAAAAUUCUACUGGAAAAAUUAAGGUGUCAUCGUAAGACCAUUUGUGUGUCAGUUAAAGAGUACCAAACAAAUGUAAAUGUAUACCAACAGUACAGAAAUAUUACGUGCGCUGUCUGAGAUUUUCACCAACGUUGACGCACACCUCGAUCACGAAAUGCCUUAUGGCCAGGCAAGUCGUGCACUGCUUCACAAGUGAAAUAGGAUAGAUUCAAGAGAUCUACCUUAAAACGGCUAAGGAACCGUCAGCGAGAAAAAAUCCGGCCCCGAUUAAACAAGAAAAAAAGGCAAGUAUUUUUUGGAAAAAAAUUCGAGAAAUAAGCCAGCAACGAAAGUAGAAGAUAAGCAUCGGACUUGUUUAUUUCAGGUACUUCUGCUUCAUUAAUAAGGUGUUGAUAACUUCGACAUGCGUGGGUAGUUUCUCCAGCUAGUGCGUAGGUUUGAAAAUGGCCGGCGAAAAUUAGAGAUAAAAAAACCCCCUGCUUCUAUACAAUAAGAUGACAGCGCGAAGACGUAUCAUUAUCGCUGUAACUGCAACUUAUUUUCAAGUGGUUUUGAUUCCCAUUUGCUCCGACAAAUAUACACCAUCAGCUUGAAAACCACUUUGACUUUGAUAUACGUAGCUUUCGCAAAAUGACUCGAUCAGUUGCAAUUGACACAUCGACACUCACAGCUAUCGACAAAUCAGAAGUCCUAAGGCAGCUCAAUUGAGAUAAAACCUCUUUCUCGCCAGUAAUCAGCUGAUAUCCGAGAAUAAUCACAGUUCCAAUGGAGACGGAGCAACUCAGAAGACUACGCCAGUUAAAGAGGCGUUCUAAUAUUCCGCACUGGAGAUGGCUGGCGAGGACGCCUGUCAAAAUAUUGUUAGUACAACUGACAUAUCUGUCACACAAAAUGUCAUACAGCAGGCAUCGAUUUUCAUUCUGGGAUGCCUGUGAUCUUUUGCAUAAUUUUUAUCUUUCCAUAUCACUUCAUCUCAGUUUACAACCAUUGCUGUAGAGCUGAGUUCUAACGACUUGAGAGAAGCUGUGGCUCAAAUGAGCUUAGGGAGGCAAGGACUAUCACAAUGAUCAGAAACCCGAAAACAUCUUUCUCCUAUAAUCGCCCUCACACAAAUGAAUUGGUCUUGAGAUUUGUCUCAGAUAACAAACUAGGUAUUACAUGACAUGCACUAACGCCAACUGCAUUUAAAGUGACAUUUUAGUCACAAGUGUUGGUGUUGUAGGUCUUCUUUGGUCCUAUGUUUGUACAUAGACAAAAUUGUGUUCGUGCGUAUGGCUUCACAUUUGUCAGUUUACUGUCAGACUGCCGCGCGCAAAGUAGUAUGGCCUCAUUUGGAAACAAUUUAAAAGUAUGCAUCGAAGGUCUUAUAUUUUCAAGACUAAGAACAGAUCUUUCUUCAUCUCAUAUUACCAGAAUUUUUUUGCCGACUCGUUACAAUAACUUAGAAGAUAACGGAUAAAGAUAGGAUGGCAAUUCCAAAAAAUUAACGUCACAGCCAAACUGAAUAAAUUUUUGGAAAGAUUUGAUAUCACGGAACCACCAAACAAGAUUGGUUAUCCUUUCGGAUUGAGUGAAAAGUACCGAUUGUUUUCAAUAACAGAAUAGCUUAAUUGAAUUUUAGCAAAUAAACUCAGGAAUUGCAUAAAGAUAUAGACGUAACGUUGUUCAAAUUUAUAUUUUUUAGAAAAUAUUUCAAUUUUUUGAACGCAACUUUGUGUAUGAAGAAAAUCCAAUUACAAGAGCACUGCAUUCACCGCAUUCAAGAACCAAUUUCUCGAAUGACUUCAUAACUGGGUAGUGACUGUAGAGAAAUAUUUAAAGUCGCAUGCAAUACAUAUAAAUUACUAUCGAAAAAAAAUAUAAUCCUUUCCUGCUGAAUUACAGGGUUUUGUUAUGAUAAUUUCACAAAAAGGGUUACGAUUUUAAAAUUGUUAUUCUUUGAAAUAAAAAAUUAUUGGAUUAUUCUGUAAGGUGCUCGACAAAAUUUAAUUAGGGAAAGAGCGUGAAAAGGCUUUUUGAGCCAAACUGCAUGACACGAAAAUGUCUCGGCCAAUCUUUUAGCAGCGGAACAUUUCAGCUGGUCUUUAAAACAGAACGAAUAUUCUCUAACACUGACUACUUUUAUUUUCAAUUUACCUCAGAAAACAAUUAGUUAUGGAAAGAAGACCGGCAGAACUUCCACGAAUUGCCGCAGUUGCAUUUUUACUUAUCAACUUCGGGGUCAUAAUAUCAGAUAGUCUGGUCAUAGGUAAGUAUGUUGUUUUUUGCACCUCGCAGAGAAUCCACUACCAUACCUCAGAUUAUAAGAUUUGUGUUUUAUUUCAAACAAAGAGCUUGAGAUAAAUGGUAAGCGAACUAGAAGCCUAGUUUAUAUUCUUCUGGUAAAUUAAAUGGGUCUACACAACAGUCAUCUGCAAUGUUUGGCCUUUUCAACUGAUGUAAACGGGCAAAAAUUUCAGACAUCGAUUUUGCUUGACAUUGAACACUGAACGAUGGCUGGAUUUAUAUACUGUUUUCAUCGUGCUUGUAAUCAACCAAAUAAUCUUCAUGCACUAGGUUUUCUAAAAUAUUUUUCAAGAAGCAUGAAAAACACGAAAUAAAAUAUCGCUACUUUAUUUUGGGGAGUCCCUGUUCCUCAAGGGAAACUUACCAGAGAAGCACAGCAGGUGGUGCCAAGAUUUCAUGGACAGUUGCUCUAAUUGGUUAACUUUUAGCUCCCACGAUCUGCCUCAUAAUUCGCCUUUUUAGCUAACAUACAUUUACUUUUAAUGUCAUAUGAGAGAAUACUGUGUUGAAUAACAAUAGCACUUUCAAGCCCAUAGUUUGUCUAUUUUCAUUAUCUAAUGGCUGGAUGGCAGACAGAUAUUGUGCGGGGUAUUCCAACGUUGGUCCAAUAUUGCAGUGAAAGUGUUAUGAACAUGAAGGGUGUCACUUGAUAAAUAGAGGUCAAAAUGGAUGAUGGGAUAGUUACUAGACUUUCAAAUCUCUAGGUUAAAAUUAAAAUAAAACUUAACUUACCUUUGGUGCAAUAGUAAGAAGCACUUCCGUAUCUCUGAUAAACGACAUCCGUGUUCUCCGAAACUCUGGAGAAUAAAAUGUUUCGUGAUCUCUUCUCUUUUGAUGAUCCUCAUUCCACAGCUAUCUGAGUAACAGGCAACACCUCGUAUAAUGUGUCAUCACUGAGAAAUAACAUCUGUAAUUCCAGUAACCCUGGGAAAUAACAUCCGUAUAUCCUUGUUUCACAAUUAGAUCGCCUACAUUCCCCAGUUAAUUGCAUUUCAGGCAAUACGUCUUGUAAAGUGACGCUUGUGAAGGACAAUACUAAGAAAUAACAUCGGCACUUCCUGUAAGACUGGGAUAUAAUACCUGUAUUUCCAUUUUUCUGCAUUAGAUGACCCACAUUCCACAGUUAUCUGCAUCGCUGGAAAUACUUCGUACAAUGCGUCGUUUGCUAAGGACAUCGAAGCGGGAGUGUUCACCUCAUUGGACGAAGUGGGAAGUGUAGAAAGCUGCGUGCGCAGAGCGUGCAACAGGCGGGCAGGUCACGUGGCUUUUCUUCUAGAAAAGACGUGCUUCAUGGUCCGUUGCUACGUACCACCAACAUCAUGUAGAAUUAAAACAAGAAAACCUUCGACUCCUAGUAUCUUCACAAUUUCCAUCACUCCAUACACAUGGUUUGGUAAGUCAUACAAGUACUCCUUGUCUAACUAAUGCCAAAUAGUCGAGACAGAGAAAUAAAUGUAUUACGGAGAAUAAACUAGUCUCGCCAUCCAUUGUUAAAUGUUCUUUGAUGUUUAGACUUUUUAAGACUAAUGUCAUAAGGUUAAAAAGAAUGCAAUGAAAAGGUGAUACCCAAUGAAAGAACAAAGUAAUUUUUCCCGUGAUUGUAAUGGCUGCAAACAUCCUCUUUCUUUCGUUAAUCUAAAUUGUCGGACAUAAAAUUGUGGUCAUAAUUUGAGAAACGCUUGAGUCUAUACUUAAUAUCUAAACGCCUUUAGGGGGAUGAGAAAGGCGCAUCCGUUUUUUUUUUUGUACUUUAAACCACGUUCCUUAUGUCACUUACAUUUCCCAGUAAAAAUGAAUUUGAAUAUAAUACCAACAUAGAUUGAAUUACUGAAAUAAUCUAUACUAACAAUACCUGAGAGAAUUUGCAGUCACAUACCACCAACUCUCUUCGCUCAUAAUUAUUAUUAUUAUUAUUAUUAUUAUUAUUAUUAUCAUCAUUAUUAUUGUUACAACAGCUUAGUAUUAAGCAUAACGCAGAAUACAUACUCUAUGUAUAAGAAUCACAUAUAGCUGAAUUUUUCGUCUACCUCUACUGGGGUAUCACUUAUUAGUAGUAUUUAACUGUGUUUGUUGAUCAAAGAUGCAGGUAUAAAAUAGCAAAGUGAUUCCAUUGCUCAAAAUCAAGCACAAGGCCUAAUGGAGAAUAAACCUUCGAAUUUUACUGAGUUGGAAAGGAAGGCUCAUGAAAUAUUUAACAGUUCUAUAUUAUUUUCUUCUUCAGAUGCUGCUCCGGUUUUCAGCGACGAAUUACCAAGGGUGAUUGAGGUCACAGAAAACAAUCAGAGGGGUCAAAUUAUCCAGAACAUUCACGGCCAUGCUAAGAGCCGUCAAAAUCCGAAUGCUUCCAUAAAAUAUUCCAUUUUAACAGGUUCGUUAGGUUCGGCUACCGAGUUGAGCCUGUCUUUGUUGUAACUGUAAAUUCACCUCAUGAUAGGAUUUAUUGUGUUGUCAGUCUUCAGUGAGCUCUCAGUUGGUUCUUUCUCAUGGGUAAUAGUCGUAAAAAUGGUAUCAAUGAAAACAGUUUUAAAUGCAGGUGGCAAAAUUAAUUCAUAUAAACGUCAGGAAAUUAAUUCAUAUAGACGUUGACCUGUUCAUUUUUCCUUUAGGGAACACUGGAAAUGCGUUCGAACUCAGACCCCAUCCUCUCGGUCAAAGCGCGUCCUUAGUGGCAAUCAGGAGACUAGACCGGGAAAAAAUCUCUUGGUACAACUUAACAAUCUUAGCAAUAAACAUCGACGAAAACAAAACAAGCACCAGAGUGCUUUCGAUCAAUGUAACAGAUAAAAACGACAAUGCACCUGUAUUUUCACAUACUAAUUACUCAGUGACAAUAUUAAGUAACCUUUCCUCUGGAUCUGAAGUCUUCAGAAUCAAUGCAACUGACGCCGACAUUGGAGAGAAUGCGCGCAUGCGCUUCUACUUGCUUAAUCACCAGUCUUUAUUUCGGAUGUUGCCAGAGAGUGGAACGAUUUUACUGAACCAGAAAGUCAGAGUGGAUCGCGCGAACAGCUACACGCUUAUCGUGGCGGCGAGGAACGGAGCGCACAAGACAAUUACAACCGUAAAAGUGCAUGUUCUAGGUGUGAACGAACACAGGCCUUUCUUUGAGAUUCCAGAGUAUAAAGUCAAAGUUUCGGAAGCUUUGAAAGCAGGAAACUCAGUGACAAAGGUUUUAGCGACAGACUAUGAUUACGGGAAAAAUGGAGAGCUCAACUUUACAAUCAUUGCUGGGAACGUUUCUUACUUCAGUAUCGACAAGGAAGGUGUUGUCAAGACACGACAGUCGUUAUUAACUAGCGGAGGUCUAAAUGGUAGCUUAACAAUCAUUGUGAGCGACAAGGGGACGCCUCCAAAACGAUCAGUGGAUGUAGCAAAAGUAUAUAUCACGAUCGAGGAGAUAAAGAAACACAAAGUAAAGUUUGAUCUGGAGAGGUAUCACGUGACUAUAGCAGAGAACACGCCCAUCGGUGCUACGAUUCUUGCUGUUCGCGCCGUCUCGGGGGUGAGACGCGAGAAGCUCGAAGAGCAAAGACUGGACAGGAAGUCCUCCAAGCGUGUUGUUUACUCUAUUGGAAAUGCAGACGGUAAUCGUUAUUUUAAGAUCGGUAAACACACAGGGCUAAUAACAACGCAGGUAGCCAUGGAUUACGAGAAAGUCAAAGAAUACAGGUGACUAUCAUUUAUCGAAUAAAGAAGCCUCAACUGUGCACUGAUCUUUUGUAAACACCCAGGAAACGAUUAGAACACGAAAGAAGUGUUGGAAGAAACAAGGGAAAUAUUCCAGUGUCUUACAUUUCUUCCUGAGUGCGUUACCAUUUUCUGUAUGUUUUACAAAAAAAGAGAGUGUAGCCGAGUACCUCGACCAAUCAGAGCACACCUUGCAUCAAAACUUGAUUAUAACUCAAAAGAAAAUUGUUCAGUAGGGUCCACCAGUGAUUACGUCAUAAAUACACACGUUGUAGUGCAGUUGACGAGACUUACAAAUUAUCCUUAUUCCUUAUAUGGUUCAUUUUCUUUCUCGUUAGGUUGGCAAUAUUUGCAAAGGACAUGGAGAGACGAGACGAAAGUGGCCGCUAUGAAUCUGGUAAAUUUUGGUUGAAAUUAAAUUUUCCUUUUUAAGAACCGCCUAUCAUCUUUUUAAUAAAUUCCUUAAAUGUGUUAUCUAGUUCGCAUCCCUCAGCGACCGGUCACAAUUUAUCACCUGGGGGGUGGGUCGGAGGUUUUUGGUUGUGUCCGAUGAAAUUUACCUGAUAUCCCAUAAGGCUCUGUAAUAUUCUUAUGAUCCCCCCCAUAAGGCUCUGCAAUAUUCUUAUGAUCCCCUUCUUCAUUCGCAGUUAAUUGGCAGUCAUUUUUCUAUAGUCUCCCCCCCUUAUACUCUGUUGGCGACGACUGAUCCCCCCCUGCGUUUUCCCUAUAAAUCAUGUGACUCCCCUCUCCCCCUCUCCCCCACCGAGAUCCUCCUCAACUUUUCUCAUUUGAUAAAAUUAAUAGCUUAGCACUUGUUCAUAUUACAGACAAGUCCGACGUCGUCGUUCGUGUAUUGGAUGUCAAUGACAACGCACCUCGCUUUGUUCUUGACUCGUACCAAGAAGUCAUCAGCGAAAACGCCACGGUGGAUUCGGAAAUACUUCGAGUAACUGCGACGGAUGCCGACUCUGGAACAAAUGGCCAAAUACACUACAGGAUAGACCACGGAAACUCUAACGGCACGUUUGAACUAGACGAUAAUAAUGGCGUUUUAAAGCUACAACAGAGGCUAACAACCCAGGUGUCGGAUUUCUACAACUUGACUAUCUUUGCCAUGGAUCACGGAGUACCCUUUCUGAUCUCCAGGCCAACGUUCAUCUACUUAAAAGUUCGUCGCUCCAUUCACCCUCCAUGCACGAAAAAACUGGAAUUUCCAAAAGCUAUCUACUUGGCAGAUGUCAACGAAAGUAUUCCCAUAGGAUCAAAUAUUCUGCGUGUGACUGCUAAGAAUGGCAGAUGUAAUCCUGCAAGUAGAGUAAAUUACUUCCUGUCCGAGAUUCGCGACCCAGAAAUUGAUGACCACUUCAAGGUUAUUUCUCAAACAGGUGUUAUUAAACUACUGAAACCUCUAGACUUUGAAGAUCGGAAUAGGUAUACGUUUUACGUCGGAGCUACAGGUGAGUCGAUACACGUUCACUAGGCUGCAUUCUCUUCUCUAUUUCAUGUGCAUUGCCCUGACUUGGCUCGCCGCCCUUCUCUUAGAUACAAGGUAUAACCUUCAAUAGAGUGACUCCCUGUUGUCUUACUCCUCUUACUUUGCGCACGAUAAUCGCCACCAUACGGUGUGUCAAAGGUUGUAGUCAGCCAGCUUUAAUCGACUUGGUCCCUGGGUGGGAGCAACCAAACCUCUCAAAGGCUGCAGUUUCUUUGAAUUGUAUUACUUUAUUUCAAAAAAUCACCUUUUUAUUGAGUAACCUUUGAUUAGUCUUAAUUUUCUCUUUAAUAACUCCAGAAACAAACUUUCUCUGAUUUUUUAGACUCCAGAACAACAAACCCUGUCGACACCGUUCUCGUUCGAAUCUUGGUGAAAGACGAGAAUGACAACAGACCUGUGUUCUAUGAACAACGUUACAAAAAACUUUUAACAGAGACACCAGAGCCUAAGACUGUGGUCGCCCAGGUCGCAGCAUUCGAUAAGGACUCUGGGAAAAAUGCUGAGCUGGAAUACUUUAUAGUCAGCGGCAGUUACAGCUAUUUUCGUAUAGACCAAAAGUGAGUGUCACUGUCUAGAAGAGUUUAAACACGGUUUGACAAUGUUUCCAUCGGGUUUAAAAAGACGGUUAUAACUUCGAUCCUUUCACUACAACUGUUAGUGUUCCAUGGCCGAGCGACUCAAAGCGGUUUGUAAAAUUGGACCAUGGUGAGAAAGGGAAGACCUGAGAUGCAAUGUUGUGGGUGACUACUAUUUACACAAACCUAGGAGGGAAAAGUUAAACUCCUCCGAGUCAUUUUCUGUUACCGAAUAACGCUCUCCUCAAGCUUGACGUUCUUAGCGGGAUCCAUGCCUUACCGGGACAGUUUACGAUAUCGAUUUUGUUUCCAUUUGUUAACAAGUGUUUAUUUUUCUCACAAUAGGAGUGGAGCUGUUUCGACGAGCGAAAGAAAAAAUUUAAAAUCGCAGAAUCUUCGUCUGUUUAACAUAACAGUGUCAGUGUCAGAUUACGGCAAACCUCCGCUGAAGGCCAAACGGCAGGCUCGACUCUCUGUACUGGUAUUCCUUCCACUCCGGUCCCCUCUCAUUUUAAUCGAAACAACGGACACGACCAUGACAAUUCGCUUUGACUUGAAGGACAUGGCACGAAGCAACAUCGCUAAAUACGGCAUCAUAGUUCAAGAAUAUGUCGACGACAACAGCGAGUGUAAGUACUUUACCUUUCUCCGUUAAUUCGCGUCACCAAGUUAUCUGUCCUGUUCGAAUUCCCGAUUCUCCUCAAUUCAGCUCACAACAAACGAAGGGGCCACUGCCAGUGAUCAGAGGUUGCUUAGUCAAUCACCGAGGGCUUAACAAGUUUACAUUCGUACAAUUGAAACCGAAAGAGAAAUUGGUGUGAGGUACCCUUUGUGUUUCGGUUCGUUGAGUUGGCAGAGCUUACUUGGGUCAGUAACACCAGUUCUUUACUCUCAGAACCCACCAAUCCAUAAUUUACUCACUCAGGAAAAUUCUCUUUUAGAUGAUGAAAUCAGUGAAAGAGAACCACUCACGUGGUAUAAAGUGAGCCAAUCCGCAGAGGAAGACCAGGCAUUAAAUCGGUACAUUACCAAAGUGAUACCGUCCACACCGUCUAUCGAAAAAUCUAGACCGCUUGAGGUGGAAAUUGGCGUGGACAAAAAUUGUGAAAACAGACGGGGAGAUAAAGAUUUCUGUAACGGACCGUUAGGACCAGGCAAGAAAUACAGGUAACAUUCCAUACUUUUGUCUUUAUUAAUAUUGAUCUUGAAGAAGAACUUCUUUCAUGUUAUUUUUAUUAUAACAUCAGAAUCUUGGUUAAGGGCAUCUUUCCGCCAGGUUCCCACUACUUUCCUCUAAGAUAAAAAGCCAACCCUUCAAAUUUUAAUUCGUCCCGAUACAAGUGGAUGAAGAGCUCUUUUCUGGAUUUUAUUUGUGUGCCAAAGCGGUUAAGCUUGUGUCUUCGUGAAAACCACUCAUUACAAAACACCGUGAUCAUAAACAUUCUGUUGUCGCGCUUCUAGAUUUCAGUUGCGCGCCUACUUGAAGUCCACCGGACCUUUUGAGGACCGUAAAUAUAAGGACAGCGAUUUCUCAAACCCACACUUUACAGGUAUGAAAAAUAUGCUAUCGAACGAUAAACAUCUCCGUCUGGAAAGUACGAGGUAAAGGCUGAUGAGUUUCUAGAAAGAAUUUUCUUUUUUAUUUCAACACAGAUAUGCGAUAGAAAACUUAACCAAAUUUUAAUGCAUGACAUAAUGUACUUGACAUCAAGGCGUAUCUAAAGGGGGGAAGGCAAACAAAGCACGUGACUCUCCCCUCUCGAUCUGGUAUGAAAAGGUAGUAAUGUGUAAUGAUGAAAUAUCCUGAUUCCAUCAAGGCACUGUGUGAGACCCCAGCCGUUAAAACGCAUUUCCAUAAUUGAGAUUCAUAAUUUUAAACCCUAAACUUACGAAAUCGCCAGUUAAAAAAAGACACUUUUUUGACCCAUCUAUAAUUUACAGUCCAAUUCUGCCAUUAAACAGCUAAUGACAGUAUCAUGAUAAAUGGAGUCAAAUUGGUUUUUAUUUAGCAUUACCACAACCGAAGCCAGCGUAUCAAAAGGAAGUGAGAAAGAAUUACGAUGCGGUUGUAUACAGUGUCGGCUCUGCUUUGGUGUUAGUCAUCAUUUUAGCCUUUCUGAGGGGUUUUUAUCGAUUAAAAUUGGAUAGAAAGAGGUCAGUAACAUUCUCAUGUUUGUUUGAAUUUUAACCAUGAGGCUCCAUCCCUCCCACGAAAUAGUAUAUACAUCAUAGUUGUGCAACAGCUCUACAGAGCGAAAACUAUUGUGGCCCUAUAAGUUCUAACAGAUCUAGUGUCGUAGCACUCGACGUCUCUUGGGGAAUGAUUUCUCUUCUGCUACAUUUUUCAUUCCCUUUUCCUCGUUAUAAUGUCAAACAAAUCUUAAAAUGUACACAAUGGAGGGCGGGCAUUCACGCAGUCAACAGGUCAGGUAUUGAUCAAUUAAAUAAUUGAUCACUUAAGCGGCUGUUAGAGUUUGUCAUCAGUUGAAAAUUAAUUGGAAAUUUUCGUACAAAAUGUUUUUGUUUCGAAUUCUCCGAUUGAGGGGUAAGAAAGAGCGAACAUACUGAGAAAACCAAUUCAGUUUGCAUGUGAUCGUGUGAAUGAAAAACCGUUUGGAGUAAGAACCUUGUAACUGAUACGAGCAGCCAGAUUCUGUCCUUGUAAACUCCUCAUGUUUCUGUCAAGCUCUCAACCAUCAACACCACUCCGACAAAAAAAUUUCGUGUUCCUGAAUUCAGACGUGCACUUAAAACAAAAAUUUCUUUUUAGGAUUCAUGAAGAAAAGAAGAAGCGUAUUUCAUUUCCAAUGAGUAAUCCACGGUUCCAGGAGCCAAACUCACCAGUUGAAAAGAUCAAAACCCCAGGACCCGCAAAGUGAGUAUCACCUACCACAAGUACAAUCGGAGAAGAAGGAAAUGCAUGUCACAUGCUGGAUCACGGAUCACUCGCAUGGUCUUUCCAUCAAACCAUGAUAAACACUAACUGUUAACUUCAUGCCAGAUCACUUCAUUCACAAAGGGAUUAGAACUGGCUGCUCCGUUUUAUAACUAUUCGUCUGUUAAAAAGGAUCCAGAUAUAAUUUGAUUGACGACACCAAAAAGAGCUUAGAAUUAAAAUAUUAAAAAACAACAACAACAACAAUAAUAAGCUAAUGUUUCCUUUAUGGAAAAUACGGAUGUUGUGUACUUUCCAAUAAGAGAUCUUUUCGUUUAGCAUCAACAAACAUAUCGUGACCUAUCAGGACAACAUGUUUACUACAUACCUUUCCUUUACACUUAUGCAUGCUCUUUCUCUUUUAUUCAAGGAAAAUGGUUGCUGUCAAUCUCGACAAGGGCUCAGGUAUGUGACAAAAACACUUUUAAAAUUGCUGCAUUGUACGCAGCCAGCAGAAAUCGCUAAUCGACGAGAAUGCUUAUUGAUUUUGAGACAUUUGGUUGGAGUAGCGAAAACACCACAGAUUUGUAACACUAACAACCAAGCGUUACCACUGGUUGGCUUUCAUUGGACGAGAUUAAGCGCUACUCUUGCCACGUGUUUCACAACCAACCUUAGUUGCGUUCCAUAAUUUCCAAAGGCGUCACAUGCUUGCAUUAAGGUCUGAUCUUCUUUCCUAUCUAUUUCAGAGUUUAGUCAUCGGGACGAAGACGAAGGUUCAUCCCCAGACUCCGCACUAGGUACGUGUCCGUCGAGCAACUCCGAGCCUACACCAAGAGAAAACAUCAAGCCAACGUACUUUACCUUUGAGUUUUAGGGAGAAUCGCGGAAUCUUUCCCCGAGGUAACCCCUCGCACACUUCUUUGCUUCUUUCUCGAGCCUGUUAAUUUGUCGCUCCAUCUUGUUGUGGUCUUUCAGGGCAUGCUCGUCUGGAACUUCUUAGAAAGCAAUAUCUAUCUGUCUUUCAUACUGCAGGAUCCCCAAAGGUCAGUGUCCUGCAAUCCUCUUCUCUCUCCCUCUUUUAUAUUCUUUCCUUUCCUUUUCAUUAUCUUUCUAUCUCCUUUUCUGGCUUGGCUCCUGUAGUCUCAACUCUUCUUUCAACCAAUUUUCUCCUCUUAUCUUUUCGUUUACCUUCUAUUCUCUUCCUUCCUUUCUAUUUUUGUUCUUUCAGUCGACUGUAAAAACUGUGUUAGCGCCAUAGUUCCUUUCCUUUAUCUUUGUUCACCGUUGUUUUUUACCAUUAUUUUCCUUCCUUGAGAAGGUCUGCUAGCGCGCAUGAACUUUUAAUUCAGGACACCGAUUUACAAAAGAAAAGCCACAGCUACUGAGUUUGUAUCUUCAUCUUAGCUAUAUCCUUCACAAACUAUUGAAACCUCAUAUCAUUUCAACUAUUGAUGUGCUAACACCCGAGGGUGCUAACGUAAAAAGCAAACACUGGCCUUAGUCCGUUACUGAUUCAUUUUCGUCCGGCUAGCUCUCCCAAUGCAAUCUUAACAACACCGGUUGAUACUGCGUCACAUAGAAUCUUACAAUGGUUAUUCAAAAGGGUUCUAACAAUCCAGUCUUGAUGUCUUUCUCUUAACCUGUCCUUUGCACCUAACCAAUCUUGCUUCAUCUCUUUCGAAUCUUGUUUUCUUCUUCUUCCGGCAGACACCACCUAAAGGACUAUGUAGGAUGCAAGGUCGACCCGUUUAGAUAGGUCAGUCCUUCAAUUUCUACCUUUUGCUUCUCUCCAUUGAUUUUCUUGGUGCCACAGUAAAACCAACCCUUGCACUAGCCACAAUUCAACAUGGUUCCUGAAGUAUAACUCAGGCCACUUCUUGUUCUGCAAGCUUUUGACUACAUGUACCUAGUUUCUCUCUGAACACUCCAGCUGAAAUUUGAAUUGCAAGUUCGAGAACGAAUCAUUAGUCCGCACUUCAUCCAACACAUUGUUCCAUUUAGCAACUCGCGGAUUCACUUUCACCAAUACCGACCUUAUACGUUGACUCCUAACAUAUCUGUAGCAUACUCUAAGUCCUCACAUGAACUACGCACAACCACUCCCCUCAUGGAAGCAAACAUGUAAAUUUAAAAAAAUGUCGCUAUUCGUGUAAAAAAUACUCAAUUAUUUCCUCCAUUUAAGUUCAUCGUGCAUAGUAAAGUGCAUCCAGUUGAUCAUUAGAUAAGUUAAAGCCCUCUCAAUUUCGAUUUAAAGAUGGAUUGGCAUUCUUUAGUAAAAUAAACUGCAUUUGAAUCAUGAAAUAAGACACCCUCUCGUUGAAACCACCAUCACAAUUCUCUUAAGCAUUUGCCAUAGCCUUACAACCUCUAAACUUAUUAUUAUUAUUAUUAUUAUUAUUAUUUUUAAAUUGAACUAGUAUGUUGUCCAAAGUUUAAAUUCGUAAGGGAUUUAAAAGGUAUCUUUUGCUUAUUAAAAUCAUUUUGUAAACUGCUUACAGAGAUAAGACAGAAAGAAUCUUACAAACUACCACUAUUCAUCAGAAAUAAAUGUCAAUUUGUAAACGCUUUUUUGAUAGACGAUUCCUUCGUGCACUUACUGAGGGGUUGUCACUAAAUGGCAUGCCUCGUAGGUAGGUAAAUACCUCGCUUUCCCUAAUCCUUUAUAAUUACUAACCCUAAUAGUAACCACUACUCAACUGCAAAUACUAAAUUGUUACAAUUUGACUGAAGUAUUAAAUACUGAAUUUCAACCGAUAAAACCUACCUACGAGAUAUCCCAAAUCCAUAGUGAAACCCUGUAAACUAUGACCCUGUUGACUAAUGACCUAAAACCCUAGAACAUAACUAAAUUGAUUCGACUUAUCAGAGCAAUUUUCAAUUGGGUGUCGAAAUUAAUUCGGCGUUGCUUUCUUUUUGCUUUACGUCAUUCUUUGAUUGGUCCAGAAAAAUCGCGUCACUCUCUCAACCAAUCAAAUGCAAACUAAAUCCAAUCACAACUAGGUCACCCACGUUUUCCCGCGCUUUGGGCAGAAUGCUUGUUUUCACUUCGAGAUCUAAUUGGACAUCGUGAUAAGUUUUGUUGUUGAAUUACGACACUCAAUCGAAAAGCGCUUUAAAAGUACAAGUAAUUAGGUCGUUGAGCUUAAAACAUUGAUUAAUAAAUCAAAGUUCGCAAUAAAAACUUCUCUGGCUACAACAACAAGAUGUAAUCACAACAUUCAGGUGUUACUGAGUAAAAUUAAGGAUCGAGAAAUGAACCCUCCAAAUUACUUGCUAAUAAAUGUUGUUUGCGUUUUACAGAUGAAAGUACAAGGCCAUUACAGAGUAGAAGACGUCCAACAUUACAGGAAGUGAGAUUAAAAAAUUACUUUAACUCCGUGGAGUCCUCGUCGUGUGCAUCGUGUGACCACGUGAAAAUUUACUGUGUGCAGGAGACAGUCACGUGA